UUUUUUUCUUCUUCUUCACUUUGCUUCUUUUUCUUUCUAUUUUUAUAAUAUUUACUUUUUCGUUAUCAAAAAGAUAUGUGGAGACCUACAGGCACCAAUGUUAUUCCAUUGGGUACAAAACGACGCCAUAAUGAUUUUAAACAACAAGAACCUGACACUUUGGCAACUACAAACUCAUCUCAUUCCAUACCAGAAAAUUCAGUAUCUCCAUCUCCUUCAAAGUUAGACCAUACAACGACAUCCACUCAUGAAUCCGCAGCUUCUAACAAUGAAUCAAGUGAACGAAAACGAAAACGAAGGAGCAGAUGGGGAGCAGAAGAAAAAGUAACCUCUGGAAUACCAACAACAUUACCAAAAGUCGAUGAAAAAGAAAAGGACAAUUAUGUUUUGAAGAUUCGACUGGAAGAAAUCAAUAGAAAGUUACGAACAAAUGAUGUUGUACCACCAGAAAGAGAAAGAUCACCAUCACCUGAACCAGUUUAUAAUGCAGAUGGUAAACGUGUCAAUACACGCGAAUUUCGAUAUCGUAAAAAAUUGGAAGAUGAACGACACAAGCUUGUGGAAAUUGCUACAAAGAAUAUUCCUAAUUUUGUGCCACCUGUCGAUUACAAGAAACCAACAAGAUUACAAGAAAAAGUAUACAUUCCCGCCAAAGAAUUCCCUGAGAUCAACUUUAUUGGAUUGCUUAUUGGACCUCGUGGCAAGACUUUGAAGGCAAUGGAAUCAGAUUCUGGAGCCAAGAUUAGUAUUCGUGGUCGUGGAUCAGUCAAGGAAGGAAAAUCAAGAACUGAUGCAGCUGCUAAUUCUGCUCAAGAAGAAGAUUUACAUUGUUUAGUGAUGGGUGAUUCAGAAGCCAAGAUUCAAAAAGCUGUCAAGAUGAUUGAAAAAAUAAUAGAAACGUCUGCAUCAACACCAGAAGGACAAAAUGAAUUGAAAAGAACUCAACUUCGUGAAUUGGCAGCAUUAAAUGGUACAUUACGGGAUGAUGAAAAUCAAACUUGUUUGAAUUGUGGUGCUACUGGUCAUCGACGAUUUGAAUGUCCUGAACGACAAAAUUUCUCUGCCAAUCUUACUUGUCGUAUUUGUGGUGGUCAUGGUCAUAUUGCUCGGGAUUGUAAUCAACGGGAUAAUCCAGAAGUAUUGGAAGCUGCAAGAGCUCGAGAUCAACAAUUGGAUCAUGAAUACCUCAAUUUAAUGGCUGAAUUAGGAGAAAAACCCGAUGAAGCUGCUGCUCAGUAUACAAAUGGUUCAAUGCCACCCAAUACAGCAGCAGCAGCAGCAGCAGCAGCAGCACCUUGGCAACAACCACCACCAUCACAAGCAUCACAUUAUCAAUCUCAACAAUACCAGCAACAGUAUCAUCAACAAAAUUACUAUCAAUCUCCUGUAGCAGAUGGAGAAGCACCACCAUGGCAAAGAUCUCGACAUCAAGGAUCAUAUUCGGACGCACCUUGGCACAAUUCAAACUAUUCUUACGACACAACUUACACUACUGGAUCUUAUGGUCAUUAUGAAGGGUAUGGAGGUUAUGAUCAAUAUGCACAUCAACCUUGGGCUCAACAACCUCCACCUCCACCAUCUUCCAACGAAAAUGAAUACCAUCCUCCUCCACCACCACCUAAUGAUGAAUCUUGGGAAGGUCAACCUCCACCACCUCCACCACCAUCAUCCGGUAUGCCACAACCACCACCUCCACCUCCCCCUGAAUCCAUGGAAGCACCUCCUCCUCCCCCUCCUCAAUAGUUAAUUAUUUUAUCAAUGUUUAAUAAAGUUUUCUUUUUCUUUU